AUGUCUAAAGUCGCAUUGAUCACAGGGGCUGCUCAAGGAAUUGGUAAAGCCAUAGCUACAAGAUUAGCAAAAGAUGGUUUUAAAAUAGCUAUAACUGAUUUGAAAACAAAUUCUUUAAAAGGUGAAUCUGUUAUUAAAGAAAUUGAAAACAAAUAUAAUACAAAGGGUAUUUUCAUACCAGCAGAUUCAAGAAUUAAAAAAGAUAUUCAUAAUGCAGUAGAAACAACAUAUAAUGAAUUAGGUGGUUUCAAUGUUAUUAUAAAUAAUGCAGGUAUUGCAAUCUUAGGGAAAUUAAAUACUUUAACUUCAGAAUCAUGGGAUCAAAUGUCAUCAACAAAUAUAAAUGGUACAUUAUAUGGUAUUCAAAUUGCAUCAGAAAAAUUUCAAAAAUUAGGUCAAGUUGGUAAAAUUAUAAAUGCAGGUUCAACAGCAGGUAUUGAAGGAUAUGAAGAUUUAGGAGGAUAUUGUAUGACAAAACAUGCAAUAAGAUCAAUUACACAAACUUCAGCAAAAGAAUUAGCACCAUAUGGGAUAACUGUUAAUUCAUAUUGUCCAGGUAUAACAAAUACAGAAUUAUGGAAAAGUAUUGAUAAAAUGACUGGAGAUUAUUCAGGUAAGUCAAGAGAAGCAAUUAUUUCUAAAAUUACUGAAAAAAUUCCACUUGGUAGAACAACUAGUGUUGAAGAUGUUUCUGGGGUUGUUAGUUUUUUAGCAAGUGAAGAUUCAAAUUAUCUUACAGGACAGAGUAUUAUAAUUAGUGGUGGAUCCGUUGUACGUUGA